CUAAAACAAUCGACGUUGCUCUCUUCCUCCGUUACCCCACCUCCGCCUCCUCCCUCGCCGGCCAACAUCAGCGGUAACGGUAACAUUCCCCGGCGGCGGAUUCCGCUAUAUUUUACAAACUUCCACUCUCUAAAUUCUCUCUCUCUCUCCGUCUCUCGCUCGCCGUACUUCUACCUCUCCUCCGUCUCUCCUUCUCUGCUUUCCAGCUCUCCUUUCUGUGUGGAGGAUUUCUGUGUGCGAGGCGAAAUCGUAGGGUUUCAGGAGUGUGAAGGGAAGGGAGAUAAAUGAAUUGGCGAGUUAGAAGCUGAGUUUCAAUAAUGGUUGCUGCAGUUUCCGCUCAGAUAAACCCUCCGAAGCCGAGGCCAACGCCGCAAAACCAGAACCCUACCAGGCCGCCUCUGCUGCCGUCGGAAUCGGACAAUGCUCUCGCUCCUCGCCGCCCCAAGCCACGGGAAGUUACUUCUCGCUACAUGUCCUCAUCUUCUUCUUCGUCUUCGGCCGCCAAACGCUGCCCGUCGCCGCUGAUUUCGCGGCCCAAGACUCCGACGAAGCCGUCCGUUCCUGCGCGGUCGCAAUCCGUAGAGAGGAGGUCUGCUACCCCUAGCGGCCGCAGUAAUUCCGCCGACUUGAGGAUCGCCAACGGUGCAGGCGAAAUGACUAAUGCACAGAAGCUGUUGAUAACUUCGACGAGGAGCUUGUCCGUGUCGUUUCAGGGGGGAUCGUUCGCGCUCCAGGUGAGUAAAGCGAAGCCGGCUCCAUCGCCGGUCAGCGCGAGGAAAGGAACACCGGAGCGGCGGAGAGCUACGCCUCCGCGAACGGAUCAGGUGGAGAAUCAUAAUUCCAGGUCGGCGGAGCAGAAGCACCGGUGGCCGGGGAGAUUGCGGGAGCCGCCGAAUUCCAUGAAUAGAAGCGUUGAUUGUACCGAUGACCGGAAGAGAGCUGUGGGAUCUGGAGUCAGCGCGAACGUAGUGAGAUCACUGCAUAGAUUGGAUAGUAGGUCCUCAAUUGAGAGCAGAUUGAGCUCGGAUUCCAGCAAUGUCGUUGAACCAGAAAAGCUAGUCUCAAUCAGCGGAUCUGAAGCACAGUCUGAUCCUCAUUUCCCUUCCGAUACUGAGAGUGUAUCCUCCGGUACAACUUCAGAAGGAAGUAGUAACGCCGGCGGGCAAGUACACAAGGGUGGACAUGGGAUAAUUGUGCCGGCGAGGUUUUGGCAAGAGAACAACAACAGAAUCCGUAGCCAACCACCUGAACCUAGUUCACCUUCCAAGUUUGCAGCGUCCAGAACAAUUUCCCUGCAGAAAAUCAUGCCGCCCAGGAAGCUUGGAAUUGAGAGUCCAGUGUCUUCACCAAAAGGUGUUAUCAAUAUGAGGGGGCAAUCGUCUCCCUUUCGAAGGCCUGCAUCACCUAGUAAGAUUGGGACGGUGUCUGCCAUGGCAACACCGGUGAGGGGUAUGAGCCCUUCAAGAAUGAGGAAUUCGAUGGGAAGUGCAGCGAGCAAUUUUGGGAAUACAUCAACUCUUUCUAUUUUGAGCUUUGGUGCCGAUCUCAAGAGAGUGAAAGGUGGGGAGACUCGGCUUGUUGAGGUGCACCAUUUGAGAAUUUUGUAUAAUCGACUGUUGCAAUGGCGGUUUGUCAAUGCCAGGGCUGAUGCUUCCCUCUCCGUUCAGAGUUCGAAUGCAGAGAAAAGUCUGCAUUGUGCACAUGUAGUGACAACAAGACUGCGGGAAUCGGUUAGAACAAAGAGAACUGAACUACAAUGGCUUAGGCAUAAUUUGAAGCUGAUUUCUGUGCUGAGAGGGCAGAUGCUAUAUCUGGAGGCAUUUGCACUCAUGGAACAGAAUUACUCCUGUUCGUUAUCAGGGGCCAUUGAAGCUCUGCAAGCUAGCACUCUCCGUCUACCUGUUGUUAGUGGAGCUCGGGCAGAUACUCAAAAAGUGAAGGAUGCUAUCUAUUCAGCGGUUGAUGUGAUGCAAGCCAUGGGAUCUUCAUUACGAUCAUUGUUAUCCAAGGUGGGAGAGAUGAAUUCUCUUGUGUCUGAACUCGGUAGCAUGUCUGCGAAAGAGCUAUCAUCACUUGACGAGUGCAGAGACCUAUUGACAACACUUGCAGCGAUCCAGGUGAAAGAAUGUAGCGUGCGAGCACACAUUGCACAGCUACAAGCUCCAUGUCCCGGUAUGGCAACAGAAAUGUAAAGUCCCCCGCGCUCCCACAUUGACUCCCUCUUCCCAAACGACAGCUAACAUCGACGAAAACACGUUCGCUCGCUCACUCGUUCAUUCUUCCUCUGGAUUGUUCCUUCUGUGGCGUACAGGCUGAAGAAAGAGUGGUUUUAGUUUUACAAAUAUAUGCUAUUAGGGCUUUGUUAUUAUAAUUUGGGUAGCGUAUUAGUCAAGAAAUUAGAUUGUAUAGAGAGAGUUUGCUUUCUCCCGUAGCCAGUAAGUCCUGGGUAAGUAAGGAGAUUCAAAGAGAGAAAAGGAAAAGAAAAAAGAAAAAAAGCAUGCAGUGUAGGUGUGUAAAUAUAUAUAUUGUAAUGAUGGUUCCGAGGUGUUCAUUCAUUCAACCGCUAUUAUUACUCGUGUAAAAUCCUCGGAAAAUUCCAGUGGAAGAUGUUGCUUC